AAUCUUUCGUUGUCGAUCGAUGUUGACUCAGUUUCUGGCAACGCGAACUUGGAGAAGUCGUUUGAAGCUGGCGGCAAGGUGUUUCAUCGGGAUGGAAUGCGGAUUGACGCAGAGGGCGUUUCGAUGCGCACCGAGUCAAAAACACAUGUAACGAGUAAAGAUAAGCUUGGAGAUAAAUUGGUCUACGAGGAUUUACAGAUCGGUCACGUAAUUGGACAGGGAUCUUCGUCAGUUGUGCUCGAGGCUACAUACACUUGUGUGCGCCGUGGCCCAUUGACAAUAGCUCUCAAAGUGAUAAACAUGUUUGAGCGUUCAAAACGAGACCAACUCAUACGCGAGAUUAAAUCGCUAUACGACUGUGAGUGUCCAGCAAUUAUUGGGUUUUAUGGAGCCUUUUACCGUGAAGGUGCGAUCUCAAUCGCGCUCGAGUUCAUGAAUGGUGGCAGUCUGGCUAAUGUUGUUUCCCAGGUUGGUGCACUCCCAGAAGAAGCCUUGGCUCAUAUUUCCUUCCAGAUUUUGUAUGGACUUGCAUACUUAAAGAAACAAAAAAGGGUUCACAGAGACAUAAAACCAUCAAAUCUGCUCAUAAAUUCAAAUGGAGAAGUUAAGGUCACUGAUUUUGGUGUGUCAGCAACGUUGGGGAACUCAAUUGCAAUGUGUGGGACCUUUGUGGGUACUUUUAAGUACAUGUCCCCUGAGCGUAUAUGCUCAGCACCAUAUUCGUUUGCAUCGGACAUUUGGUCCACAGGACUUGUCCUUCUCGAGUGUGCCAUGGGGAUUUAUCCAUAUCCCGAGGAAAACACCUGCAUUGGGAUGGCACAGACCAUACUUGAGGCGAACUCUCCGACACCUCCAGUUGGUUCAUCCCUUGAGUUUGUUGAUUUCAUCACUCAAUGCCUUCAUAAAGAGCCCAGCAAGCGGCUCCCAGCCGAAAUAUUGCUGGCCGCGCCUUGGCUUCAAAGGCGUGGUGCUGUAUCCAGGCGGUCCUCUGUUGCUGCGCUGAAAGUCUGGAUUGAUGGGGGGGGGGGUCGUUGAUGGGGGGGGGUCGAGAAGAUGAAGCGCUGAUGAAACUGUCGAUGCGCCAGGGUCGGGUCGUCUGAAUUGCGGCGUUUGAAUGCGGUCGGAUGCGAUCGGACCGCCAUGGUCUAGCCCCCGAGGUUUCGAGGGCUUCAUACCCCGCAGAACCCCGCGGCACUCACAACGAACCCAAGGGAGCCCCACCGCUGAGAACAAACGAAUAGCCGCCGAUAUCCCAAAUAGGCCCACCUCAGGUCCAUAAGCAGCCCUGUCAGGUUUAAUCUGGUUUAAACCGCC